AUGCUUAAAUUUCUUGAGAAUAGAGAUCCUUAACCUACUAAAAGAGUAAAAGACAUUAUGAGAUACCAAAGCUCAAGUCAUCUUCCAAACAAUCGAUAAUUUAAUAGUCCCUUACAUCAAGAUGCUUUAAUCUAAAAUGAUAAACCAACAUAUUACAUAACUAAAAAAUUACCUCCUGUUCAAAUCUAUAAUCCUUUAAUUUAAACUAUAGAUUCUGUUGAAAGACCAGAAUAUAUUGUUAAAUAAAAGGAUAUAUACAUUCCAAGAUAUCUACAUGAAUAUAAGACUAAAGGAUUUAAGAAGAAAUAAGGAAUAUUUGAGUCAUACCAACAUUUAUUAGCUCAGAAUAAAUCAUUAAUCUAAGGUGUUCAUACAGACAAAAAACCAUCAUCAUUACCUCCCAUCAAAGUAAAUUAAAAAGAAUAAUCUACAUUAAAUAUACCUGCCCAAAUUUCAAAUAGGAGUUAUGAUGACUAAAAAAUUGAUUAAAGUUAUUUCAAGAGUAAUAGAUCCAAUGAUCACAUUGAUAAUAAACCUAAGUAUGCUAAAAAUUUCAAUCCAUAAAAAUAAAGAAUUUCACAUAAAUUAUUAACUGAAAACAAAGGUAUCUAAGUCAAUUUUGAAAAAGUAUUAAGUCACAAAAUAACAGAACUCUCAGGAGAAUAGACCUAUAACUUCAAUUUUUCAUAUUAAUAAAAACUUGAAGAUUAAGAAGAAAAAGAAAAAUAAAUGAGAUAAUUAAGUAUUUUUGAUAAGAAAAUAAAAGAGUUUAAAGAAUAAUAAAAAUAGAAAUUAUAAAAAAAAGAAGUUUCUUGA